AUGUGUCGCGUGAGUGAAAGCAACAAACUUUCCGCAUUAAUCGUCUUCUGCAGUCUGGCUUUGGCUUGCACACAAGCGGCUGUCAGCAACAACUCAGCGCGUCCAAACAAUCAAUACUCAUCAAGCUACCAACAAAAUGAUGCAGCCGCUGCGACUUAUUUCAAAAAUAAUCAAAAUCAAUAUGCGCAGAGCAGUCGCCUGAGCGGUGGCAAUCAGCAGAGUUACCAACCACCGCAACAACAGCAGCAACAGCAGGAUGUUGUUAAGGAAAAAGACGUUUUGGAGCGCUUCCAUCAUCGCUUCCCGGAUGGCAGUUAUGAGUUCAGAUACGAAUUGACCGAUGGCACUGCGCGCUAUGAACGCGGCUACUUCCUUAUCUACGAUAAAAUAAAGACGCUAGUUGUGGUCGGCUAUUACUCUUAUCGUCAAACUGACGGCCGUUACAUUACUGUUUUCUACAAUGCCGAUCAAAAUGGCUACAGGCAGAAUCAAUCCAUCACUCCACAAGUCUACCCGAAUUUGCCGCGUUCAAUCGAAGUGCCACAACUCCACGAAAAUGUCGAUUAUAACACAGACAGGCCGAACAAAGGACGCCAGUAA